GCUUAGAUACGUGUUGCACAUGCGUUCAAUAGUGUUGGAAGCGAAGAAUGAAGGAGAACCAACACCAUAAAUGAUACCAAAGUCCAUUCGCUGGCUUUUUGUUAUUUGAUUUCUUCGCACUCUUUUGGGAAAAGCCUGCUCAUGCUGCGAUUAGAUCAUGUUCCUCCGCCUGUUUGUGGUUUUCUUCCUCAUCUUCCUCUCCUCAUCUUCCUUUUAGGUGUGUUCCCGACCAUAUAGUGAUAUGCUAAGAGGAGGGAAGCCCCGAGGGUGAUCUGUUGAGAAUUAUUACAGAAUAAUAAGAAUGUCAUCAGAAGGAUUCCAGAUCCAAGACAAGAAGAACAGCAGGUGUACUGAUGAGGAACAGGAAGCCCAGGACACAUCAUUGGGAUCUUCUCAGACAGGCUCGUCCUUUGAUUUGAAUGAAGGAGCGAGCAUAGAAGACAACAACGAAACAGACGACUGUGAUAUCAUCAUGGCUGAGGAGAAUGAUGAUGAUGAUGAUGAGAAAGCAAAGGAUAGUAAUGAAGAAGGUGCUUCAACUAAUUAUAGAAGCACAUCGAGGGAAGGGAACGGAAAAAGAAGAACGGUGAGACAGUAUGUUAGAUCAAAGAUGCCUCGCCUUCGAUGGACUCCUGAACUUCAUCUCUCGUUUGUUCAAGCUGUUGAAAGGCUUGGUGGUCAAGAGAGAGCCACACCAAAGUUGGUGCUUCAGCUAAUGAAUGUGAGAGGGCUUAGCAUUGCUCAUGUCAAGAGUCACUUGCAGAUGUAUCGAAGCAAGAAACUUGAUGAGGCCGGGCAAGUUGUUGGACGAAGAUACAGAUCACCAUCAACCCAAAUGGAAGGUCUUAUGUCUCAGAUAUCGCAUUAUCAUCAGUCUCGAAACGCUCAUCACCAAUAUUUGAAGAUGGGAAACGGGGGAAUCAUCCUGGCCAGUAAUAAUUGUAAUGACCAAACUAGUGUCGUCGGCCCAGGUCUCUAUCUGCCCUCCUUCGCCCUAUCUUCACGUCCACACACAAAGCCUCCUGAUGAUUCCUGGCAGCAAUCACAUCAAUGGCACUUGGAUCAUCAACCUAUGAAUCUGCAAGAAAAAAGGUGGCCUCCAUUAGAGAUGAUGAACGCUCAUCAAUGGAAGUUCAGAAGGUUACCCACCAAUCAUCACGCUGCUUGGAGUAAUGCCAGCUCAAAACCAGAUCCUCCACAUCAUUCAAACUUCAACCACUACUCUCACAAUCACAGUAACCAUUGCAAUAACUUUGAAACCCCGUUUCGGAUCCAGCUUAACGAAGCGAUGCUGCGGGAAGAAAAACAAUGGGUGCCUGAUGAUUUGCAGUUGGAGCUGAGUCUGGGAGGUGGCAAAGACGACAUCCAAGAAAUUAGCACUGAGCUUUCACUUUCUUAGAACUUCUCUCUAUUAUUUAUUUAUUUUUAACACUUGCAAAUACCCCCUACAUGGAAAUCAAAAUCAUAAACCCGGGCCCACGUGUCAGCCACAAGAUCAAAGUAUGCGCUUGGUAGAGCAUAUAGGACUUUUAAUUUGUUUCAGUUAUAUUGUUGUUAAGUGGGAUUUUUUACUGUAAAUGAAAUGGAACAAUGGUUAAGAGUGACUUCCCCUGAGCGCUAGCUAGCAGCUGCCGGUAGUGCCAUUUUCUCA